AUGCAGAGCUUCCUGACGCUGCUGAAGGAGAGCGGGGACACCUGCCCACCCCCCGCGGAGCUGGUGGACCUUGCGGGAAGGCUGUGCCGGGACUUCCGGGGUGACCUCGCCCAGGUGGAGCCCUUGGUGGAGGCUGUGCUGGGGAGCCCGCUCCGCCUGCACCUGCUGGACAGAGAGGAUGUAGUUGUGGUGUGCGCGCUUGUCCUGGCCCGGCAGGAGCGGCACCAGGCAGCCUGCAGGCUCUUGGAGGGUUGUCGGGUGCCAGGGGGGAGCUUGGAGCUGGUGAAGCUCUGGAACGACAUCCACUACCGUCUGGCCAUGAGGAGGCUGGACGUGGCCACGCUGACCCCUGUGCAGAAGUUCUGCUGCAGGAAGAGGAACCCACCGCCCCCCUCCCUCUGUCCUGAGGGCCUGAGGAGCCGGAACUUCCCCAGGGAGGUUCGACAGAAGCUGCAGGACUUCGCCUCAGGCGUGAGCACCAACCCCGACAAGGCCCAGCGGGAGACCCUGUCAUCAGAGACGAGCCUGUCGGAGGAGCAGGUCUACAACUGGUUUGCCAACUAUCGUCGGAAACAAAGAGCCCUUCUCCAGAGCGUAGAGUCGUCCCAGGGGACCUCAGCAGAGGGCCCUGGUGUCUGGGGGAGGGGUCCAGAGCCCUCUCAUCCCUCAGGGGACCCCCAUGCUGACCCUCAGUGUGUGGACAGGUCUCAGUGGUCAGGUGAGUGGCCCGAAAAGGGGCCUCCACGGUCCCCAGAGGCCACUCAAGGACAAUGGGCACCACUUGCCCCUGCCCUGGACCUUCCUGGAGACGAGAUGCUCUCAAGGCCACUGGUUCCCAGCGGGACCCCCCAGAGCAAGUAUCUGGAGGAAGGUCCAGGUACGAGCAGUGGACACAUGGAGCUACAGCCCCCCCUGCUGUCUGCGGAAUUCAUCUUUCCCCAAAGCCCCCAAGAGCCAGAGCAAGCCAUGUCCUCCUUCCCCCAUCCUGUGUCCGCCGUGGAGCUGAGCCAGCCCCAGCCCUCCAGCCAGGGGCAGUUGCCUGAUGGUCAGGCCACCAGUGAUACCGUCUGGGGAGCACAGAUGCUGUUUGAGUUUUCAGGGGGAAGCUUGGGCUGA